AAGAUUAAGUACUGGUAUAACAUACGAACAAAUAAGUGUGAAAGUGUGCAGAGCCUCCCAGCCAGCAAAGGGACACCCUUUUCUUUCUGUUUUUCAGAGGCAUAAAAUCCGUGGUCAUCAUGUCUGACACAGAGGACAUUGGGGUUGAGGAGGUCGAAGAGGAAGCUGGAGAGGUAGUAGAGGUAGAGGUAGCCCCAGAGGCAGAGCCUGAGGCAGCCCCAGAGGCAGAGCCUGAGGAAGAACCUGAGCCAGAGCCAGAACCAGAACCAGAGGUGCAUGAGGAAGAGGCCUAUGAAGAGGAAGAGGAGAAGCCAAAAUUCAAGCCAAGUGCACCAAAAAUCCCUGAUGGUGAAAAAGUGGACUUUGAUGACAUCCAGAAAAAGCGUCAGAAUAAGGACCUCAUCGAGCUGCAGACACUGAUUGAUGCCCACUUUGAGUGCAGAAAAAAGGAAGAAGAGGAGCUUAUUGCUCUGAAGGAGAGGAUUGAGAAGCGGAGGGCUGAGAGAGCAGAACAGCAGAGGAUCCGUGCUGAGAAAGAUAAAGAGCGCCAAGCCAGACGAGAGGAAGAAAGGCUGAGGAAAGAGGAGUUAGACGCCAAAAGGAAAGCAGAGGACGAUGCUAAGAAGAAGUCCGUUCUCACCAGCAUGGGCUCCAACUACAGCAGCUACCUGCAGAAGGCUGACCAGAAGAAAGGAAAAAAGCAGACGGAAAGAGAGAAGAAGAAGAAGAUAUUGGCUGAGAGACGCAAGGCCCUGAACAUUGACCACCUGAAUGAGGACAAACUGAGGGAUAAAGCCAAAGAGCUCUGGGACUGGAUGUUCUCUCUUGAGUCAGAGAAGUUUGACCACAUCGAGAAGCUGAAGAGACAGAAAUAUGAGAUUACUACCCUGCGUCAGAGAGUGGAGGAACUCAGUAAAUUGUCAUCUCACUUCGCAAUCGUAUUGAUGAGCUGCAGAAACACUCCAAGAAGGGUGCUGCCGCUCGCCGCAGAAAGUAAAGUUUCCAACGUCCUGCUGGUUAAACUACAUCCCCACCCGCCGCUCCAAGCCGUAGACCUGUGCCCUCAGGCUCCUCCAGCUGCACCGGGGGUCUUCAGACAGCCAAAGACUGACUCAGCCUCACCUACCAAAUGCCAUGUGAUGCAUCCCUGGCCUAGUCUUACUUGCAGUCAAAGUAGAGCCCUGUUCCAUCUGACCACUGCUAGGUUCUCAUUGUGUGUGUAUGUAAAUAAAGUAUUAGUUCUUCAGCUUUUUCUGCAUCUUUGUUCAGGUGUCACACUCUCCCAUUUAACAGAGUGCAGGAGGGCCAUAGCUCUACACUUAAGACAUUUAAGUACGCACUUAAAUUUAAUUUAAUUGCAUUAAAUUGUAGACACUUAAAUUGCAUUCAAUUAACACUUACUGUUGUAAGAUAUGUGUUUGGAGACAUCACUGUAGACACAAUUCACUUCUUUUAAAAUAUAUGUUUGUCAAUAAGAUAAUCCACUCACAUUUUAUGAGAAUUUCAUUUUUAUAUAGAGGGUACAGACAAACUAGCUCUCAGUUUCUACAGUGAAAUUACCUCGAAUCCAGAUAUGCCUAAGGAACUCAUGACAGCUGGGACUUGGUGAAAUAAAAAUAAUUAGACCAGCAAGCAUUCAUAUUAAGUAGAGAUGAUCAAGCCAAAGUCUUUGAGUUGAACAUUGUCUGCAAAACUAAACAAACAGAAACCAACAGAUGUUACAGGAAGGAUAUGCUUGCUGUUGGAUACAUUUAAAUAAAUGGUUUGGUGCCAGGUUUUCCACCCCAAAUUGUAGUAGGCAAACCAAGUCUCCUCUCCUAAGUUUCCUUUAUUGGUAUUGCACAAUGAGACUAACAUAACCAACACGAACUAAAAAUUGUUUUUAAUCGUUUUUAUGAACACAUGCCCAAAUCCUUGCUUUAGAGCAUCCUGUGCUUGUCUCCAAAAAUAUCUGACCUGCUCACCUCAUGAAAUUGGUCGGCAUUAUUAAGCAGUGUAAAAAAGUCCAGACACAUUUUUAGUUUUUGUUUAGUUUUUAUUGAAAAUGGAA